AUGUGCUUAGCAGGUACAAUGAAUGUCGGCGAUUUGAUCCUGGCGAAUACUUUGUUAUUUCAGUUGUCCGUACCAUUAAAUUUUCUUGGAUCAGUAUAUCGAGAAGUAAAGCAGGGAUUGGUGGAUAUGCAGCUCAUGUUUUCGUUGCUCUAUCUCAAAAGCAAUAUCAUUGAAAAACCAAAUGCGCCGAGCUUAAAAAUUAGUAUGACCGAUUCGUCGAUUUCGUUCAGAAAUGUCACUUUUGGUUAUCUUCCCGGACAGCAUAUACUGAAAGAUCUCAAUAUGGAUAUUCCGGCCGGCAAAAAAGUGGCAGUUGUGGGUGGAAGUGGAAGUGGCAAAUCAACAAUCGUCCGGCUUUUGUACAGGCUUUUUGAUCCAGAAAGUGGCGGAAUCUAUAUUAACAAUCAAAAAACCACUGACGUACAAUUGGAAAGUUUGCGAAAGUCAAUUGCAGUUGUGCCGCAGGUUUAA